AUGGCAGUCGUUUACUAUAUGGAAAGGAUCUACACAAAUAUUUUGGACAAAUUUUUAUUAAGAAAUAAAAGUUUUUCCGAAGCUUUUUUUUUGCAUCAAGACAGUAAAGAUUUUAAUAAACAGCCAUUAGAACCGAUAUUCACUCCAAAACUUCUAAAAACACUUCAAUUUCCGCUGGACAGGUUAAGAUCAGAAAAAGAGAACUUCAUGAAAAGAUCACCUAAAGGUAAUUGUAAAGUAAUUGAAACAUGGUGUUCAUACUGUUGUUAUAACUUUUAUGCAGUUGUGGCAUCUAGCG